UCACUCUCUCUGAAAAUUUUUCUCCUGAAACAAACACCCUCGGUCCUCCUCUCACCGCACCCGGAAAUUUCUUCGAUUGCGCGCUUGCUCCGCCAACGCCAGUCCUUUGCUCAAACCCACUAUGUCAUGUCAACAACUACUCGAACGCCGUUCGGUUCGAGUGUCAUCUUCCUGACAUCCUUCCAAUUGCCGACUACUGUAAAAACAACGUCAGAACGUCAACCGACUUCUAUUGGAGAGGGCAACUUGGGACUGCAAGGGAAGGGCUUUUGAUGGGGUGCGAGUGUAGAUGGUGAGGGAGUCCCUGGCCGCCAGGAGGCGAGCGGCCAUGAAAGCUCCGAUGAUGCUUAUGCCAAUCCAGCCAAGUCGUGUCUGGCAAUGGAGUCUCCAUAGAAACAGGGGAAGGUGGUUGUAUCAUGGCUUCGCACGUGCCCCCACUUACAGUAUAAACAAAUAUUUUAAGGGCGGGAAGAACAGUCGGAUGCUGAUUAGAUUCCGUAUUUUCUCUGUGGUUUCGCUCACUUUCUCAGCAACCAAACACACAACCACUAGCAAAAUCACAGAAAAAAUGUCGAAAUUCGAAUACCCCAGACUAUCGCGUACAGACAUUAUUACGAUCCUGAAGGAGUCACAGAUUGUUGAGGUGAAGGAGAACGAUCUCAAAAACCCUAAUCCUGACUUCGUCUCGGAUCUUUACACCCGCCUCCUCAUCUACCUCGACACUCUCCACGAAGAUGAGCAAGGGCAAGUUGAGUUCUCUGCUCUGGAGCAGCUUGAGAACCCGGACCUUCAUGUUGGCUCUGUCCAAGUUAUGAAUUUGUAUAGCAGGAUAAAGGGUAUUGUGGCCUCUCUUGAUUGUCCGAUGCAAUUUAACCUUAAAGAUUUGAUACGGCCAGAUGCAGCUCGGACUGAAUUUUUCAUCAGUACAAUCCUCAACUUUUGUCUUCACAAAGACGCAAAAAUGAAUAUUCUAAGACCUAUUGUAGAGGAACUAGCUGAUCUAGAUGAACAGAGAAAUGAUUGGGAAGCUAAGAUUUCUCAGUUGAUUGCAGAGAUUGCAGGCUAUAAUGAAGCUAGAGAAAAGGAGUUACCCCUUGUUCAGGAAGUGGAUACCAAAGUUAAAGAAUUGCAGCAAACUAUUGCUGGGCUUAAUGGUCGCCAGAUGUUAUUAAAAGCCUCUUACAAUAAGUUGAAGGACAAGACAAAGGAAAUUGAAAAAAAGAUUUCAAAGGCUGAGUUUGACCUCGUACAGAGUGUCCAAGAAAAUGCAAAUUUACGUUCAAAAAUUGUUCAAUCACCAGAUAAGCUGCAGAGAGCUUUGGAGGAGAAGAAAGCAGCUAUGGAGGAGGCAAAGAAUGCUGAAAGGUAUUCUAUUCAAUCUUUUCAGGGGAAAACUGCCCUUCUUGAAGUUUAUACGAAGGCAGUCAAGAAGAUGGAAAAGCACUUUAAGCUGAUGGAGGAUAUACAAAAACAGGUGGACUCUGCAAAAUCUGUUGAAAAAGAUUACAAGGGUUUAAAGGCUAAGUUGAGUGAUGAUGCAGUGCUAGAUAAGUUACUUGAAGCCAAAUUUGUUGAACUGCAAGGAAAAGGCAGGUUCUUAGUCAUAAUCUGCUGAGUUAGUAUUGCCCUUCAGAUUAACAUGGCUUGGAUGCUUGAAACUUUACUUUCAUUCUUCCCCAGUGGGACAGUUAAAUGAAAUAAGAAGCCAGUUGGCAAAAGAAAGAGAUCUCAAGUUUUCAGAAUCUACUUGGGAAUUUAAUAAUGUGAAGUUGGAGGUCGAAUCUAGGAGGCAUAAUUUGGAAGCCAGGCAAAAGAAGGUUGAAGAUGUGGUAGCAGAGGUGGAUGCCAUAACUUCCAAGACAAACAUUGUAAAAGAGUCAGGAGCAGCCAAAGUGCAAGAGUUGGUUGGUAGAUGUGAAGAGAUAGCAAAACAGUUGCAACAAUAUAGAAGUUCUCUCUGGGAAUUGUUGCCAAUUAUUGGGCCUGAGAAAGACUCGAUCCAGUAGCUGUUCAUGUCCUCAAACUUGCAUGAAUUUGGUAAUUGUUUAUCCGCGAGUCACAGGUAAGUCAUGGCAAAUCCGAACUAUGUCUAGUUUGAAAUAGUGUAAGUUUGUUGGUGACAUCAUCAAUACAAUAAUGUUUAAACUAAUGAAGGUGUUACUAUUCCCUUCUUUAUCAUUGUAAACAUCCACCCCAAUAGUCCACAUUGUUUAUAAGUCCACACAUUUCCCUUUAAUUUACUCGUGUGAGAUUUUCCUACUUAACAAUCAUCAUUUAAAGAAAUUCUUAACGAUACU